AUGUCCACACGCUGCCGCAAUAAUCCAUCCUCCUCAAUCCCGCUAGCAAUAGCCUUCCUCCCGCACUGGCGCUGGCUAAUCUGCCAAGCAGGCUACGCAAACGUCCUCCCACCACCGGGCCAGCGCGUCGGGAAACAGAAAAGCGACGCCGCGGACGAGGUUCCUGUUUCGUCACCCGGGUGGGGUGGGGUGGAUGGGGUUUGGGGCGUUCUUUAUCGGAUGGAUGCGCGUGAUGAGGGGCUUUUGGAUGGGUAUGAGGGUGUUGAUGUCCAUGCUGGGAGUGCGGGAGGGGGGGGAGGUGGGGCGAGGGUUGUUAGGUGGUUGGUUGGGGAUGGUGAGGGGGCUCGAGGGGAUGGGGAUGUUGAUCUUGAUGCUGAGGAUGCUGAGGAGGUGGAUGUUUUGGUUUAUGUUGAUGAGAAUCGGGUUGUGCUGGGACCGCCGAGGGUGGAGUAUAUUGGAAGGAUGAAUCGGGCUAUUAAGGAGUGUGUGGAGUUGGGGGUUGAUGAGGGGUGGAUUGAAGGGGUUGUGAGGAGGUUUAUUCCCAUCGAGUGA